UCCAAUGUAAGCACGUUCCCACAGUGCAUUGUAAGAAAUUUCAAAACAAACAUGGCGACUGGACUUCUAUAAAAUUUGCAUGAAACUCAAAUCAGCUGGGAAUGAUGUGUAAUGGAACGCCACCUUUUGUGAAACAAUACCAGAAAUAAUUUUCAACAGCUUUCAAAAAUACCUUCUUCAAAUGUUCAAGUUUCUGCGGGGGCAGAAAAAGCAACAAAACACUGAGAAUGCAGGCAUCCCUGAUCCACCCGCGCCAGACACGAUAAAUUAUGAGAACGCAGAGUCUGGUCUUGAGGAGGUGUUAAAGCCUUUAUUUCUACGCGAAGAGCCGAUAUCCCCAGAGGAGUUUGCAAUGGUUGUGGCAGAAGCUGAGCGACUUUGGGCCAGAUUUCAGCAGCUUGGACCCAAUGAUGAACAAACUUUACCAAAUGAGGCGUUUCAACAGCAUCUUUUUACAUCAGAUCCAUUAGCAAGACAGAUUUUGACAACUUUUCCAAGAGAUGAGAAUGGAAAUGUGAACUUCCAUGCAUUUGUUGGUGUGUUCAAGUGGUGGAAAACUGCUCCAUUGGACAAGAAACUAGCAGGAAUUUUUGAAUUGCUGAACAAAUCACAACCUUUGGAUGUCCCUGUGUUACAACAGAUCUUGAUGUCACUUGAUAGCAGCAUUGAUGAAGAAACUGCCAAGUCAAGAGCAGAGCUUCUUGUUAAGACACUAGAUGACAAAGAUCAGGGAUAUAUUGAUGCUGAUCAGUGGGUGAACUGGAUUUUACAAUUCCCAGAAGAUGAGGUGACUAAACUCACAAAAUUCUCCAUCAUUCCUGAGGAAUUAGAUACACCGGCACCACACAGUAGGCCUGAGACAGAGCAUGUGUCAGCCAUCUCAGAUGAACUAUUGAUAGACAUUGCUGGUAAAAUCGGUGAACAAGACUGGACUCCACUGGCUCGUGAGCUUGGUUUCACCAAGCAGGAAAUACGAGAAGUGAAAAGACAAAAUCCACAUCGUUCAAGAGAACAGAUUUAUCAGGUUUUAAUUCUUUGGAGACGAAAGCUGGGCAGAGAGGCAACUGUUGCUGCUCUGGAACAGUCAUUGAGUAAUUCUGGAAUGCAAACAUGACAUGAGUCAGCGUUGUAAUUAGAAGCUGGUUAGCGGCAGAAAUGCCCAGCUGUCAGACCAUUUUACACUGGUUCCUCUUAGAGUUGUGAUCAACGACAGAAAAGAAGUAUUUUUGAACUGAUACUAACACUGAUGUCUGGCUAAAAUUAGGUUACUCAAAUAUGUCCCAGAAUGCUGGAAAUUGCAUCUCAGAGAGUUUCGAAAUUUUAUAUUUUUCUGGGGGGUAUGCAUCUAGACCCCUUUGAAUGGCAUGUUGCAAAGCAAAAUGCCAUGCUUGCUAUGCAAACAUAGUUCAAUAAUGCCAACCUGGCCAGUAAAGUGGAAUUGGAUUAUAAAAUUCAGAGUGUUCAUCCAGAACAGAAUUUUGUUUUGCUUGCUUGCCAUAGUUUGGAUUAUUUCAAUCAGUCUUUCUUUAAAAAAAAGCUUAAGAAGUGAUCUUCAAGACAUAGAACACAAUAAGAUAUAUUUAUUGAGUAUACCAUGGCUCAGUUAUUUAUGGUGGCAUGUGUGUAAUAUGUAAAAUGACCUUUAUUAAAAGGAAAACUUUUUAGAGAGAGGUAAACUUAAAAAAUACAAGAGACUGUUUCUCAACUGUUAUACAUUAGAAAAUAAGUAACAUAUUAUGAACACCCUGUUGAUCAAAAGCUUACCGUUUAUUGCAC